AUGUUUGGGAUCCUCGAGGCCGUUGCCGUGCCCCAUGCCGGCGUCUUCAGCACGUACGAGGAGCUGAUCAAGGACCUCAAUGGUCGAAUGGAGAAGGAGGGCUACAAGAUUGUCAAGGCGAGGUCGCACCGCUCACGGAUGGGAGGUGCCGAUAUCCCUGGCAAUGACAUUGUCCGCUGCGAUCUUGUCUGUGAUCGAGGUGGCCGCCCGUAUAAAUGCAUGGCAACCAAGCACAAGACCACCACCAAGAAGACGGAUUGCCCCUGGAAAGCCAAAGCUGUCAACCGCAAGAGCAUUGGCGGCUGGGUCUUGACCAUAUCCUGUGACCAGCAUAACCAUGCCCCUGGAACUCCAGAGCCACCAACGCCCACUGAGAUGAGCGAAGACGAGAAUGAACUUACUGAACUUCAAGAGAUCGAUGACGGCCCACGACCCGACACGCAGACAGCAACGGCUAUUCAGCUGGCUGGCGUCUCCGAAACGACACUUCGAUUGACCGGCGACACUUUCCACCAGCUCAAAUCCGACUAUCGUAAGAUGUCACAGCCAGACCGAUUAAACGCGCUGGCACAAUUUCAGAUGCAAAUUGCAGCCAUCUACGCCGUGCAAAACGAGGAUUGGCAGCGUCAGCGCAGGCAAGAAGCCCAAGACAAGAGGCAUUUGCUGGUGGAUAAAGGCCGCAGACAGCUGUCAGCCCAGAAGCAGCGUGCAAGGCGCCGUGGACGGCCGGAAGACCAAUCGCAGCAGCACCAGCACCAGCAAAACAUGGACCAACAGGCCGUUCAUCAUCAACUUCAGCAAGAAGCACAGAAUAGCCAUCUCCAGCCGUUGAUGCAGGAGUCGCAUUUUCAGCUGGCCCAGAAUCCCAAUCCCGUCCCCAUUCCUGGUGGGAUGGCGACAACCUCAGUCUUUCCCGUGUUCGGAGGCACGCCCGCGCCCAAGCGCAUUCGUGGCCACCGACCGCCAAUGGCGACGCAGCCAGACGUCUAG